AUGGCUUCAGAUGAGCAAUCUCCAGGCGUGGUUUUGUCGAGAAUUGCGUCCAUAGAAGGAAAGAUCAGACAUAUAUGCGACUUGAUACCUAUCUCGACUUGGGGUUUCACAGCUGAAGUCCACAAAAAGCUGCGAGAAAGAAAACACAGGAUUGUGAAUCAACAGCUCACAAUCAAAGAAAAGCAGAAGCUAACGAAAAACAAAAAGCAGCAAGUUGCACGAAGUGUGGGUGGCAUUUGUAACAAGGUUUCCGAAGUCAUUGAUUUACUCUCUACUUCUCAUGGAAGGGACACUAAGGUUAAGAAGUCAGUUGAUCCCUCAACUCAACCCAAGUUAGAGGACCGGAAAAAGCAAACAGAGAAGGAAGAAAAGAUGAGGAAAGUACCGUCAGAGCCACAAACUAGCGCCACUGAAAAUUUGGUCAACGAGAAAAGUUCGGUUCCCAAGGAAGGGUUACCCUCUGGUGACGAUUCUUCUGAUGACGAAAGCACCGAGCACCAUGUCGAAUGUGUACCUGUUGUGAAAUCGAAAAAGCGACCUUCUACUCAGCCUACUGCGGUGGAGCCGAAGAAACCUAAGUUCGAUGUGAAGCCAGUUCAAUGCGGAACAAAAGAUCAAGCCUUGGACAUUAUGGAACAACGCGAGCAGGCGAUCCGUAAAUUGCAGGAGAAACUCAAGGCAAUGAGAGAGACUCGUCAGGGUAAGAAGAAAGCAGGGGGUGAUCCGUCUAAGGCGUUAAUGUUCGAGAAAGAACGAAAACUGAAGCGGCGUAUGAGUAAGAUGAAAUUGAAGAGUCGAAAGUCUCAACAGAAACUAAGCAAAACCGAUGGAUCUAAACAGGAAUUGCGAAAGGCGAAGAUGGAAGAAGAUCUAUCUAAAGAAGAUGGCUCAGCAGUCACCUUUUCCAAGUUCGAUUUCCUUGUUAAAAAUAACAAGAAAAAGCGGUUGAGCACAUCGGAGAAGAAGCAGAAAUUCACAGGAAAAGACUAUAAAUCGCUCAUCAACAAGGUUGAGAAGAGAGAAGAAAAACUGGAAAAACUCAGAGAGAAGGAACCUGAGAAAGCUGCUGAGCUCGAACAUGAUAUCAAAUGGAAACGCGCUCUGAGCAAAGCACAGGGAAUCAAAAUGAAGGACAACAUGGAGCUGCUGAAGAAAGGUAUGAAGCGUAAAGAGAAAAUGAAGGAGAAGCGGAAAGAAAACUGGUCGAAUAGGAGGUCAAAUGUUGAGAAGGAAAAGGCAAAGAGACAAGAAAAACGUGAAGAAAACAUCGGGAAACGAAUAAAUGAUAAGAAGAAAAGGAAAUUGCAGACAAUGAGGAAGAAGGGAAGAGUUUUAUAA